GUGCACUCUGGCCUCCGCCAUUUUGUCAAGCUAACGUUAUAAGAAAACUCAGCCAAGCAGCGUAUUCUCUGAUCUUACUUGUAGCUGGCUAGUUCCUCUUUGUGCAAUGGACGGCCGCCUAGAGACUGACUUGUAUCCUAUGGGAUCCACUUACGCAGAAUUAGACGUUGUCCACGACAUUACAGUUGGUACAAAGAGAGGAUCCGACGAGCUUUUCUCCUGCGUGUCCAACGGUCCGUACAUUAUGAGCGCUGCAGCAGCCAACGGCAACGACAGCAAGAAGUUCAAAGGUGACGUGCGCAGUCCAGGCGUCCCGUCCCGCGUCAUCCACGUACGCAAGCUUCCCAGCGACAUCAACGAAGCCGAGGUCAUCUCUCUAGGCCUGCCUUUCGGCAAGGUCACCAACCUGCUCAUGCUGAAAGCAAAGAACCAGGCCUUCAUUGAGAUGAACUCUGAGGAGGCGGCCCAGACCAUGGUCAGCUACUACUCGUCUGUGACGCCCGUCAUCAGGAACCACCCUGUGUACAUGCAGUACUCCAACCACAAGGAGCUCAAGACAGACAACUCGCCCAACCAAGUGAGAGCCCAAGCAGCGCUGCAGGCGGUGAACGCCGUCCAGACCGGCGGCAUGGUAACGGGUGGCAUGGUAACGGGCGGCAUGGUGAUGGCUGGAGUGGACGGCGCCGGCCCAGGCGGCCCUGGUGGCCCAAGCCCCGUCCUCCGGGUCAUCGUGGAGAACCUCUUCUACCCAGUAACCCUGGAUGUGUUGCAUCAGAUCUUCUCCAAGUUUGGCACGGUGCUGAAGGUCAUCACGUUCACCAAGAACAACCAGUUCCAGGCCCUCCUACAGUAUCCCGACGCCCUGACCGCUCAGCACUCCAAACUGGCCCUGGACGGGCAGAACAUCUACAACGCCUGCUGCACGCUGCGGAUCAGCUACUCCAAGCUGACCAGCCUGAACGUCAAGUACAACAACGACAAGAGCCGCGACUACACGCGGCCGGACCUGCCCACCGGUGACAGCCAGCCGCCCCUCGAGCACCAGGCCAUGGCGGCCGCCUUCGCGGCUCCAGGAAUCAUCUCCGGUCCGUUCGCUGGAGCCCACGGGUUCCCCCCAGCCUUCGCCAUCCAGCAGGCGGGGUUGGCGAUGCCCGGUAUGCAUGGUGCGCUAGCGUCCCUGGCCAUCCCUGGAGCUGCGGCAGCGGGCAGGCUGGCGUUCCCCCCUCUCUCUGGCGGCCACUGUGUGAUGCUGGUCAGCAACCUGAACCCUGAGAGAGUUACGCCCCAAUGCCUCUUUAUUCUUUUCGGUGUAUAUGGGGAUGUGAUGCGGGUGAAGAUCCUGUUCAAUAAGAAGGAGAACGCCCUGAUUCAGAUGGCCGACGGGACACAAGCACAGCUAGCCAUGAGCCACCUGAACGGUCAGAAGCUCCAGGGGCGAGCGAUGCGCGUGACUCUGUCCAAGCACACGGCCGUGCAGCUGCCCCGCGAGGGCCACGAGGACCAGGGCUUAACCAAAGACUACAGCAGCUCCCCGCUGCACCGCUUCAAGAAGCCCGGCUCCAAGAACUACUCCAACAUCUUCCCUCCGUCCUCCACCCUCCACCUCUCCAACAUCCCGCCCGCCGUGGUUGAGGAGGACCUGAAGAUGCUCUUCUCCAGCACCGGGGCCCUGGUCAAGGGCUUCAAGUUCUUCCAGAAGGACCACAAGAUGGCGCUGAUUCAGAUGGGCUCAGUGGAGGAGGCCAUUCAGUGCCUAAUCGAGUUCCACAACCACGACCUCGGCGAGAACCACCACCUGCGAGUGUCCUUCUCCAAAUCCACCAUCUGAGCGCGCUGGGCGGAGCCCAGGAAAACAGGACUGUCACUUUAGACCUCAACUGUGUCAGCUGUGGAAGAUUCCACUUUCCCACGAGGCCUUGACCACAACACUCACUGCAGUCAUUCCUUUUGAUGUAUGUGGCGUAUUUAUGAUGCGAACGCCAUUUCUACAUGAUGGUUAUUUAUAAUCUUGCCUUAGUCAGAUGGAGAAGAGAAUGCAUGUUGGAUUUUACUUCAUUUGUGUUUUAUUUUUGUUUUGUUUUUUUUUUUUAAAUUAGAUUUUAAGUUGACCAGUUAGCAUGAGCGCAGACUCCUUCCAUUCCCUGCCUUGGGGUUCCAGUAUCUGGGAUCCAAACACAGUCGGGAGUGCCUCCAGUUGAGCUUCAUGUAGCAUUAGCAUUAGGCGUCGGCGCUCGGCCUGGACUGGCCUCCGCUGCCCUCGAGCAGGGGCCCCGACUCCCAACAUUCCCCGUCACUCAAUCACAUCGGAACUAUCACUUCUCUGUGUGCGUCAUGGCCUUCCCUACAUUUAAACUGAAGUUUACAACCUGUACACCAUGUUCUUGUGAGGUUUCUUCUAAUCUCUGAGCGUUAUUGGGCAUUUUUAAGGCAAGUCCCACUUGUGUCUCCGCAGGGCUGUGCGGAUGGGCAUUCUCCUCACUGACCCAUGAAAUAGUCUGCCUGCCCUGACCAUCGUUUUAGUCAAUCAUAUAUACUGUAUGUCUAGAUAUAAGAUGUUUACAUUCCAUUGUCUUUUGAACUUAUGCAAUCAUUUUUUUUAAGAAAAAAACAACAUGUAUGUUUUUCAAAUAUAAGUGUAAAUGUUAGAUAUUAUUCCAACCAGUACUGUUCAUCAUUGCAUAUAGGCCCUUUCGUAAGGCUGCUGAUUAUGCUUGUGUUUUAAAAAUGGAAAAAAGAAAACUUGGUCAAAUCUUCUUGACGUUGAUGAGAAAUAUGUUUCCAUUGUGUGCUGUUUGAGUUGUUGUGUUUGCUGUUUUAUUACGUAUAUGCAUGUACACUAUGGCUCAAAACCAAAGUUCCACAACCUUCCUCCAACAACCCAGCUCUACUGAGUGUGAUGCUCUCCUCUGCCUUGUAUUCUCACACACACACUCACACUCUGUUUCUCUCUCUCCUACUCACACACACAAACACAGUCAAAGUAAUAUAUGCUGGAAAUCCUUUAUCUCACCCCCCUGGAUAUUAGCUGUUUCUUGAUUGGAUGUUGCCCUAGCCAUGACUGGCUGUGGUGGCACACAUUCCUCUCUUGGCUACGCGGUGGGUGGACUGCAGAAGUAGCUAGUUCAGUUUGUGCCUUUUGCAAAAUGUCACCAAGGCCUUGAUCUUUUGUCCAGGUGCCUUUCAACACCACGUGUCUUAGUUUUCCCUACCUGCUGUUCUGCGUGUGUUCCGUGCCCUCCUGCGGCCUCCCGGCGGCACCAGGAUGCUAACGCUUUGACGGGGCCAGUCGAGGAGCAAUAGGGCGACAGUGGAGUUGUACCGCGUGCAGCACAACGAUAGUUCUGUGUUCACGCUCCUACGCUUUGCACAAUGUGUCUUCAGUUGAUUUGUUUGUGUUUGACACGUUAGGGCUGAUGUGUGAGGGACCAACCCUUUUACAUGGUUUUGUGCACCAAUAUGCUCUUUGACCAAGGUUUAUUUUCAGAAAUAAUACAUUACUCAAGAUUUGUCUGCGUGUGCAGAGUUUAUAUGAAACUGAAAAGAAAGGUGUUUUUGAAGAUUGUUUGUAAUGUGUUUAACCUUCACAAGAUCAGUAAGUGAAACGCAUACUUGCACAAAAUUCUCCUCAGUAUAUUCUCAUUUAGUAAAUUGGACACAGACUGGUUGUGUAUACUAUUUUUGUACCAGAAGACAUUAAAGCAGCUUUGGGUUUUAUAUCAGAAGUCUCUUGCUUGUAGAUUUUCACUCGAGUAGAACAGAGAUGUGCAUCGGAAGAGAAGUUGGUGAAGCAAAGCAAAGAUGAUCCAUCCUGAGUGGAAUCUGAUGUAUUUUUGUAGAUACUGCUGCAAUAAAACUGUUGAACUCCCA